AUGCAGCCCUCGCCCCUCGCAAACCCAUUGGCAACCGUAGCCCAGCUCGAAGCCUCCGGUUCCCAAAUCGACGGCAUCCCAUCUGAUCUCGAAGACUCAAUCCGUUUCGCCGGCGCUCGCCUCACACAAGCCGCCGGUAUACUCCUCCGCCUCCCACAAGAAGUCGUCGCACAAGCUAUUGUAGUGUUCAUGCGCUUCUGGCUCGGCCCGGAAGGAGGAAGUCUCGCAGAAUUCGGCGCAGAACAAGUCUCAGCCGCAUCGCUAUACCUCACCACAAAGCUCUCUGCCUAUCCCAAGUCAGCGCGCAGUCUGGUUAAUGUGUACGCGUAUCUUGAUUCGUUGCCGGUUACCUAUUUCGACGGAGACCAUCUGGAGCAGUCGAAGGAUGCGGCGAGAUGUUAUGUGAGCGAGGGCACGUACGAGCGGCGCCGCGCAACGCUGUUCACAACCGAACAACGUAUUCUUCGUACUCUUGGCUUCAAUGUUGCCGUCCAGUUACCGUACACGCUGUGUAUAACCUAUAUGCAAGCACUCGACAUCUUCUCCCAUCCCCGCGCGUCCGAACUUGCGAAACGUGCGAUUGCGCACUUGAAUACCGCGUUACUGAGUCCGCAGUGCCUGUACCUUACGCAUCAGCCACCAGCGCUGGCGACGGCAGCUAUCUAUCUGGCGGCGAGAGAGACAGGGAUCAAGAUGCCAGAGUGCGAGUGGUGGGAGGUGUUUGAUACAGAUAGAGAGGUGUUGGGGUUCUUGUGUGUGGGUAUGUUGAGCUUGGAGGGAUUUGCAAGGGAAGAACAGAAGAAGUGGGAGGGGAGGAAGUGUCCGAUGAGUGUUGAGGCAUUGGAGAGGGAGGUUGAGACGAGGAAGGAGGAAGAGCUCGCCAGUACCACAACCAAGCAAAGUUUCAUUCACACCUACAUGGAACACCGAGGAAGACAAGUUAGAGUAGGGGAUCGUGUCGCCUUCACUAUCAUCAAUGGAGAUGUCGAUCACACUGGUAUGUCAUUACGAAGAGUAGAACUUGAGAUAGGAGACCCUUGCUGCGAGCAAGCUUACGAGGUUGUGCAACGUCGUCCGCAUCGUCUAGAGGGCGCUUCGCAGUUUGUUUCUCCCCAAAGACAGAUGACUGAUCGCGGUGUAAAAGUCCAGAGCGGUCAAACUGUGAAGGGAGCCUACGAGCGGCGUGUUACUCGUUCACAGUCAGAUUGGUAUGAGCAACGCAAUGUGUAUUCACAGAUGUAUCAUGAAUGGCUACGUCCCGGAUUCCCACGAUCAUCAGAUCAUUACGAAACCUGUAGCAUCGACAACCCUGGAAACAAUAGCAUGGAAACCCCUCUUUCUCCUGUUGGAAAACAUGACGCUACUUUCAGCUCUCGCAGCAACCCAGUAAGACUGAGUCGUAGGGCUGCUGUAAAGCACAACAGUACGAAAGAUAAGAAGACCGAAAAUGACAAGCACAACAGCACAGCAUACAACAGCCGCGCUUCAGGAAUUGCGGCGGCUCAUGCUCCAGCUGUCUGGUCUCCUGUAGAUGCACGACCAUCUAAUGUACGACGUCGCUUUAGCUUCGAACUCGAUGACCCAAGCGAUGCAACCGGAUUGUCAGACACGCCUGAUCUUGAAAACAUUCCAAUAACUCCAGCGGCCACAGACCUAAAACGUCAGCCGGCACUGUUAUCAGAAGCAAAUCACCAGGUGCGAGCGUCUAUCAAUCUCUCUCGACCACAGAUACCUAUCUGGGAAGAGCAAGGUCGUCCAGCGACCAAAGAAGAACGCGAUCAUGAAGAGCUCAAAGACUUGGAUAGGGUGCGACGUCGCGUUCUGACGACUUUCGACGAGAUAUUGGGAGAGCGAAAGAUUCCCACAGCGUUACUGUAA